AGGGAAUAGGAUGCCAUUUGGGAUGCCGGCUGACUGAGAAAACAUUAUUAAAGAGAAACUCAGUUGAUGAGGAGCUCACAGAAGCCUGAACACCGAGGAAGACAAGCAGCAACCAAUUUUAGGGAAUACCAAAACAGAAAUGGAACUUGGGGUGUUUCUCAUCAUAAUUUUCUCAGUAAUAGGCAGCCUGUGCUCUGUAACAAGCACAACCACAGAUCCUAAUGUGACAACCACAACUGAGGCUCCUACUACAGCAACCACAGAUCCUUCUACAACUACAACUGCAGCUCCUACUACAACAACCACAGAUCCUUCUACAACUACAACUGCAGCUCCUACUACAACAACCACAGAUCCUUCUACAACCACAACUGUAGCUCCUACUCCAACAACCACACUUCCUGCUUUGACAACUACAACCACAGCUCCUACUACAACAACUGCAGCUCCUGGUACAACAACAAAUGCAGCUCCUAGUACAACAACAACUGCAGCUCCUAGUACAACAACAACUGCAGCUCCUAGUACAACACCAACUGCAGCUCCUAGUACAACAACCACUGCAGCACCUACUACGACAACAUCUGCAGCUCCUACUACGACAACAACUGCAGCUCCAAGUACGACUGCAGCUCCUAGUACAACAACAACUGCAGCUCCUACUACGACAACAACUGCAGCUCCUAGUACAACAACAACUGCAGCUCCUAGUACAACAACCACCACAGCUCCUAGUAUAACAACCACCACAGCUCCUAGUACAACAACCAGUGCAGCUCCUACUACGACAACAACUGCAGAUCCUACUACGACAACAACUGCAGCUCCUACUAUGACAACAUUUGCAGCUCCUAGUACAACAACCACUGCAUACGACAACAACUGCAGCUCCUAG